UGAAAUGGAAACGUCACUUUUCUUUUCGAUGAAUGUGUGAAAUCCACCAAACAUUGUGCUUUGUUAUGUGUUUAUAAUAUUCGUGCAUCAUAAAUAGUUAGUGAAUAAGUAAAAUGGCAGAUUUUGAUGCUAUAUAUCCAGAUGAGACCGAAAGUGAGGAGAAUAUAGAGGAGACACAUGUGACGUUAGUGCCUGAUCCUAUUGUGGUUCGCGGAGCUGGUAACAUGACAGUUUUUGGUUUGAGUAACCGCUUCAACACAGAGUUUCCCUCUGGACUGCAGUCGCGAGUAGCCCCAGAGGAAUACCAGGCAACUGUGGUCCGAAUCAACAGUGUGCUGAAAAAGACUCUACCUGUCAAUGUAAAAUGGUUGUUCUGUGGCUGUGUUUGCUGUUGCUGCACACUGGGAUGCUCUCUCUGGCCAGUCAUUUGUCUUAGUAAAAGGACUCAACACUCCUUAAAUAAAUUGUUAGAAUGGGAGAACAGUCGCCUUUACAAUAAACUUGGUCUGCGCUGGCGUCUGACGAAGCAACACUGCGAUUCUUCCUCCAUGAUGGAGUAUGUACUUCUUAUAGAAUUCAUACCUAAAAUACCUAUAUACAGGCCUGAUUAGACCAGAAGAGUCUGAAUUCUUUUGUAUAGACACAUUAUUGAUCUGUAAAUAUAAGAUAAAAUGUUAUACUAAUUAUAUAUCGUAUCUAGAAUAUUGAUGUUUUUACCGACGAUAUGCGCAUACGCAUUUUACCGCAGAGGUACGAAAUCGUCUUUUAAAUGUAACAUAAACACCUACUGCUAUAUAUACAUAUUAAUACAAUAAUGAUCCAUUAUACAUAUAUCACACAUUUUUAUAUGAAAAAUCAAGAUUUACUUUGAAAUCUAUGGUCUUCAAACUUUACAAGUGAAAUACGCUGUAUAAUACUUACAAUUAGAUAUCCCUACAUAAGUAUAAUGCGUGGCACUUAAAACAAAAUAGCGAUUUACCGCGUGGACCCUUAUAAUAUAUGCCACAUAAAAUCGCCAUUUUGAUUUAACUUACCGCGCAAUCUUGUUUGGGGCAAUGCAAAAUAUUUAUUGUAAUAAUAUUGUUAAUUGCUUCAGUGUAUAGAAUUAAUGUUUAGGAUUUUGAAGCUUUUAUUGCUUAAAAUGCAAACGUUAACUCGUUUAUAGUAUGAAGAGUACGUAUUUAAUAAAAAAAAACCUAGUGAAUAAUGUCGAUAUUGAAAUUAGUGGUAAUCGAGAAUAUUAUUAAAUUCCUCGACAAAAAUUCUUUAAAAUGAGGCUGUUUAUACGAAUUAUUAUACGAAGUCAGUUUUCGAAAUAUAAUGCGACUUUGGUAUGAGGUACCUAAGUAUAUUUUACUUAACUAUUAAUCAAUACGCGCUUCAGCCAAUACUUUUGUUUACUGUCUUCGACCUAUAGACAUUGCUUCAGAUUAAUUUCGAUCUGAUAGUUUAUGUUAAAAAAAAUUAAAUUGUACCUUGUAAAUUCUUCAAAUAUUAUAUGUUUAAGUAUAAAUAUAUAUAUAUAUAUAUAUAAUAUUGAUCACACGGAAUUACCUAUAUAAUACAAUGAGGUACAGGCUCUGACAGAUAGUCGCUCUUAUUGCUAAGAGAAUAAGAAACAUGAAAUGCAUGUCAAAUUUGUAUUUUUUCAGACUUAUUACUUAAGAUAAUAUUAAGUAUGAACGAGAUAACUUUAUAAUAAUACUGUAAAAAUAAUCCUAGGACCCAAUGAUAAAAAUUUUCACAAAUAUUUACUUAUUCAGAUAAAGGUACUUGUUUUAAAUAUACUUUUAAUUUGCUAAAACCUCUGCAGAUCUACAAAUUGUACACACGGCUGCACGUCAGGGUACCAGAAUAUGUCAAAUUUCUGCAAUGAUUUUUUUUUUCUACCCACAAUAUAUUAAGGUAUAAUAUCUUUGACAGAUUUGUAUAGUCUGACGUACGGUUAUAUAUAUAUAUAUAUAUAUUUUUUUUUUAUUUACGUCUUUUAUUCAAAUAUUAUUUAUAAUAGUUUGCGAAAUGCAAAGCGGUCAUGCCUUAUUUUUUAACAAUAUACCAGUAAAUAAUUAUUUUCUAAUAAAUUAAUGAUAUAAGCAGACUCG